GCAAUGGCCCAGCACACAGCAUACGUGGCGCUCUGGAAGGCGUCGACGGCCGCGAUCCUCCUCCGCACCUAUGGCUACGACACCGAUGGCAUGGGACCGCACGAGAUGCGCGACGCCCUCGCCUCGACCCUCGGGUUGCCCGUCGACUUUCACAUGGCACCCGACCUCUGCUUUGGCAUCACCGCACACUCGCAGCGAAACGUCGCCAAGCUCCACGACAUGCAAGUGAUGAUCGUUGGCAACGACGCCAGGAUGGAGUCGCUGCGAAGCUGCUUUGACCAGCUGACCACCCACGUGCCCACGACGCCAGCAGCGAUUGAUGUCGACGCGGAGCUCGAGCAUGCGACGCGUGCGAUGCGCUCCCUUAUGAACGGCUAGCGACGAUACGUCCUACACGGCUCGUCGCUUAUUUAAGCGUCGUCGACGAGUCUACGCACUCGCGACGAUGUCUCAAUGCAUCUUCCCCUCCACAGUUCCCCU